AUGGCCGAAAUACGGGGGCCGGGCUUGUCGUCGACGCGGACAACCCAACGUGGACAACCCAACACGGAAAACACGGAGGGGCGCGGGCAUCGUGAAGGCGAACUACGGCGUGGACGGUGCGCGGCUUCCCGAAGAGCGCCGGCGGUAGGUAGCUCGCCUAAGAAGGAGCGCGGCCAGAGCAAGCGCACCCUCCCUCCUUCCCAGACAUGGAGUCAAAACCUUACUCUUCCGAGACAGAUCCCUAAUUUCUAUUACCUGACGACCACGCGCUCUGUCUCCUGCCCCUCCCACCAUCCCACUGCGCUUGCCUCUGCCGCACCCGUGCCUGCCUCCUCUGCAGACGACGCUCUGCAGACGACGGGCCUCAUUCCCGUGCUUUUUCCCUCGCUCAUUCCCGAAGGGCCACUGGACGACAGCGCAACAACAUCCAACUCCAAUCAUGUUUGUCACCUGAGUCUGUGCCUUGCCUCCGGUUCCAUGUCCGUGAUGGUAUUCUCGAACCAGUCAGUCCCAGCCAUCGGGUUCAAUCCCGGUUCACAUCAGCUUCCACCGGCAUCCAGCGAAUCCCAAAAGCCACAGCCUGGGGGUGCAUCUUCCAUAACCGCCCUAGAAGCUCCUAUGCACGGAGUUUCGACCUGGACGCUCCUGCAUCCCUGCAAAAGAGGCGAGCACGCCCAACAUAGUAGCAUCCUCCCUCGAUGGUGGCCUCGAUGGCCUUCGAUGGGGCGUUCGGUACCUGAAGAAUGGAGCCUCACGAAGCUUCUCGCUGCACCUGUGGUCCCGCACUGCCUGUUUUUGGUUCAUCAGGGUCUGUCUAAAGUCACCCCAGCCCUCCGUGAUGGCCUUCAAUCCCCCGACCGGCCCCUCCCUCCCUCAGCUCCAGCGACUAGCUACCGUCUCUCCAUUGUCUCCAUGCUGCCCGCGAGUCGCCCCCGGUUGACAACGGGCUUCGCCGCGGAGAUGAGAGUGGUCGAGGAGUAA